AUGGGUAACUUGCACUCCAACAUCACCCAGCGAAUCCAACAAUUCGAGUUUUUCGACAAAAACUGGUUCUCCGGAAUCAUCGGAAGACUACGAAGACUUCGGGAGGAAAUCGUAGAAAGGGCUUACGCCCUCGUACGGAAUUUCCAAUUUCAACAAGAGCCUGCUCAUCGUCACAUUGCCUCUACUGGAACCGGAGGACCGGUGACUAGAAGCAGAAGCAGAAGCAACGUGGCAAUCGAGAAUCCAUCAGACUUUGGUGUGCUUCAGGACAGAAUCGAGGUUUAUAAUAACAAUGAGAUGAAAUUGGUUUAUUUUGUGUGUGUUGUCAAUUUGCUCGUGUUGGCUUUUCUGUUCAAUUGGGUUUUUAUUUGA